GAAAACACUGGUAUGACAAUGAGGUCAGAGCACUUAUACACAUAUGGUCUGAUGAAAAAAUCAAGCAAAUGCUUGAAGGAGCCACAAGAAAUAAAGAAAUAUUUGAGGAAAUUGCCAGAAGACUAAUGCAAUUUGGAAUAGACAGAGACUGGAAACAAUGUCGUGCCAAAUACAAAAAUUUAAAAUAUGAAUACAGAGUUUUACAAAAGAAAAAUGGCAACCCUCAAAGAAAAAUGAGAUUUUAUGAAGAAGUUGACUGUAUCCUAAGAAGACCAACUCUCACAACUGCCAAAUUGAAACAUGAAUUAGUUGAAGGUCACACCAAAAUCCCAAGAACUUUGAGCAUCAAGAGAAAAGCACAGAAAGAUGAACCAGUGUCUGUACCUCCUAAGAAAACUGCUCCUGAGAUCAUUGCAAAUUGGUUUCCUCAAAGCAAAGCAGAACUAAAAGGUUUUACAGAAUGUUUCUGCAGACAGGAGACCCUCUACAUGACCCAACUUCAUCAGAGCCCUGCCGCUCCUCAUAGCGCGCCUGCUGCCCCUGGCCUACUCAGGAUAAUGGCGACCGCAGAGGUACUGAAUGUUGGUAAAAAACUCUACGAGGGUAAAACAAAAGAAGUCUAUGAAUGGUUAGAUAGUCCAGGACAAGUCCUCCUGAAGUCCAAGGACCAGAUUACAGCAGGAAAUGCAGCCAGAAAGAAUCACCUGGAAGGAAAAGCUGCAAUCUCAAAUAAAAUUACCAGUUGUAUUUUUCAGUUGUUACAGGAAGCAGGUAUCAAAACUGCUUUCAUCAAAAAAUGUGGUGAGACAGCUUUUAUUGCACCUAAGUGUGAAAUGAUUCCAAUUGAAUGGGUUUGUAGAAGAAUAGCAACUGGUUCUUUUCUCAAAAGAAAUCCUGGUGUCAAGGAAGGAUAUAUGUUUUACCCACCUAAAGUAGAGAUGUUUUUCAAGGAUGAUGCCAAUAAUGACCCACAGUGGUCUGAGGAACAGCUAAUUGCUGCAAAAUUUUGCUUUGCUGGACUUGUUAUAGGCCAAACUGAAGUGGAUAUCAUGAAUCAUGCAACACAGGCUGUUUUUGAAAUCCUGGAGAAAUCCUGGUUGCCUCAGAACUGUACCCUGGUUGAUAUGAAGAUUGAAUUUGGUGUUAAUGUAACCACCAAAGAAAUUGUCCUUGCUGAUGUUAUUGAUAAUGAUUCCUGGAGACUCUGGCCAUCAGGAGAUCGAAGCCAGCAGAAAGAUAAACAGUCAUAUCGUGACCUCAAGGAAGUAACUCCUGAAGGGCUCCAGAUGGUGAAGAGAAAUUUUGAGUGGGUUGCAGAAAGAGUAGAGUUGCUUCUGAAAACAGAAAGUCAGUGCAGGGUUGUAGUAUUGAUGGGCUCAACUUCUGAUAUCAGUCACUGUGAAAAAAUCAAGAAGGCUUGUGGAAAUUUUGGCAUUCCAUGUGAACUUCGGGUAACAUCUGCCCAUAAAGGACCAGAUGAAACUCUGAGAAUUAAAGCAGAAUAUGAAGGGGAUGGCAUUCCUACUGUAUUUGUGGCUGUGGCAGGCAGAAGCAACGGUUUAGGACCUGUAAUGUCUGGUAACACUGCAUAUCCAGUUAUCAGCUGUCCUCCCCUCACUCCAGACUGGGGAGCUCAGGAUGUAUGGUCUUCUCUUCGACUACCCAGUGGUCUUAGCUGUUCGACCAUACUUUCUCCAGAAGGAUCAGCUAAGUUUGCUGCUCAGAUAUUUGGAUUAAACAACCAUUUGGUAUGGGCCAAACUGCGAGCCAGUGUAUUGAACACGUGGAUUUCCCUGAAGCAGGCUGACAAGAAAAUCAGAGGGGGCAGUUUAUAAGAAAGAAUAUCAUAGCAUUUUUUCAGGAGAAAAACUAUUUCUAGUUUAGCUGCAGAAAAAAAUCAAGCAAAAUGAAAAGAUUUUACAUCAGUUGAACAUUAAAUUAGUGAAUAAAUGCUUCUCUAGAUUAGUGGAUUAGUAGAAUAUAUGUACAUAUUUAUUAAUAUUUCUUUGCAAGAAGCAAAAUUACUACAUCUAAAAAUCAUUUUAUUCACUAUAUAGUCAUUGUUAGGUAACAUAAUCAAAUAUGUUUCUUAAAUGAUAAUCUUAUUAUAGAGCUUUAAAUUACUACUUGGCCUAUAUUUCAACACAUAAGUGUUAGAAAGUUAAAAUAAUUGUAUCUUAGAAAGGGCGGUAAGACAUAGUCCUUUUUCACAUAUUCCUAUCAUCUGUACAAAAUCUCAAGUAGGGAUCAAAUUGUACAUUAGGCUGAUAUAGAUGGUCUUCCAUUUUCAACCUUUUUGAAGUUGAUUGUGUCUAAGGACUUAAAACAUAAACUCUUAAUAUCUCUUUUACAAUACGGAUUACUUUGAAAAUAUGAAUGCCAUUGGCCUCCCUAGAAAAUUGCACAGUAAGUUUACCAAGAGUCCAUUGGUUCUUGGGUUCCCUUGAAAUCUGUCCAGGAUCAGUUAAGAAUUGCUGGUGUAACCCAUUAGGGUUACAGAAUUUUCCUCAUAAUUUUUGGACUGUCACAUAUCUAUACCUUUAGUUCUUAGAAUGUCCUCAUUUCUGUCAUUAAAAUUUGUUAGUUACUGGAGCUUCAUCUUCACAGUCUUUGUGAAACCUUCCUAAUCACCUCAAGCUAAGAUGGCUGGCUACAAGUAGUUCUUUCUCUGUUGGAUUGUAAGCCCCAAGAGAGGUGAAAAUACAAUUUUACUCUUUAUUUUCACUCACACUGCCUUAGGCUCUGAUGUGCUAUGCCUAGCUGUCUGCCAGAUAAGGGGAAAUUAUAAAAAUCAUGUACUGCUUAAUUUUCUAUCUUAUGUUAGUUCAAAAGAACAAUAAAAAAGAUUUUAACAUCAUUAAACUUAA